GCUUCGUUGGAGAGUAUCGAGAGCACCGUGAUCGAGAGUACGCAGCCGCCAUUUCAACGUGCGAGUUGCGUUCAUUGUUCGUGAGAAGCAGCGUCGUCGUUCGAGCGCGCUCCAGAGGACGGAUCGAGACGUUGACGAGGCCGGUCGUCGCCUCCCGCUUUCGCCAAGAUGAGUUACGGCCGCGGCCCGCCUACCAUCGAUGGGAUGACCUCCCUGAAGGUAGAUAACCUAACGUACCGCACCACGCCGGAGGACCUGAAACGCGUCUUCGAGAAGUACGGAGAUGUUGGCGACGUCUACAUUCCGCGUCACCCCUACACGAGGGACAGCCGAGGCUUCGCUUUCGUGCGAUUCUACGACAAGCGGGACGGCGAAGACGCCAUGGACGCCCUGGACGGCUACAUCUUGGACGGCCGCGAGCUCCGCGUGCAAAUGGCGCGCUACGGUAGGCCUACCGACCCCUACCGCCAGUCGUCCCGGGGAAGCCGCUACAGCGGCGGCGGAUCGUCCAGUCGCCGGUCUCGCUCCAGAUCGCGGUCGAGGAGCAGAAGGCGAUCACGGAGGAGUCGCACUCGAUCGAGGUCCCGAUCCAGACGCCGGUCCCGGAGCCGCUCCAGGGAGAGGAAGCACCGCAAGUCCGCUUCUAGGUCUCGUUCCAGGAGCCGCUCAAAGGGCAGGAAGCGCACACGCAGUCGCAGUCGAAGCAAGUCCCGGAGGAGUCGCAGCCGUUCCCGUCGCCGCGAGUCGAAACCCCGGAGCCGCAGCAAGUCAAGGGGCCGUAGCCGAUCCAAGAACCGCAGCCGAUCCAAGUCCAGAGGCCACAGCCGGUCCAAGGGCCGCAGCCGAUCCAAGUCCAGAGGCCACAGCCGAUCCAAGGGCCACAGUCGCAGCAAGUCUAGGGGACGCAGCCGAUCCAAGUCGAGGGGACACAGCCGGACCAAGGCCCGGAGCAAGUCCAAGGAGCGCAGCCGGUCCAAGUCGAAGGGACGCAGCCGAUCCAAGUCCAAGGACCGCAGCCGCUCCAAGUCGGGGCGCAGCCGCAGUCGUAGCCGCAACCAGAGCAAGUCGAAAGGGGGCCGGAGCCGCAGCCGGUCGGUGAAUGGGGAGGCGAAGGCACGCAGCGGAUCGCGCAGCCCAAGGGCGGGCAAGGACGGCGGUCGGUCGUCGAGGUCGCGCUCUCGCAGUCCCCGGGGGGAGGGGGAGGGCGGUCGGGCAAGGUCGCCGUCUGCCGGAGGAGGCGGGGAUGCCGAGAACGGGGGAGGAGCCAGGGGCUCUCCUGGCGCUUCCCGGGAGCGCUCGCGCUCCAAGUCGCCCUCUCAGGACUCCAACCCAGACAUGCGCUGAGGGGUUGGUAAGGCGGAUGGUUGUCCUUGAAAGCGGUGUUGCUGAGCCGUGCCCAGUUUGCAGCCGGCCUGUGUUCGGGCGGAGAGGUGUUGCUGACGGUCCUGCUGAUGUCCCUUCCCUUCUGAGCGUUUUCCCCCAGAAAAGCGAGGCCAUCUUCCAGAUAGCUAGGUCAUCCCCCGUAAGAUGAUUGCUAUGUCAGUGGUUUACCCCAGAUCAGGGAAGCUACGCCAGAGUUUUUCCCUGUAGUCUCAAUACUGAGGGAAAUGUGGGUGUUUGGGAAAAGAGGCUGGAUAAUCGUUUCACCUUUUAUGGGUGCUUCACUAUCUGAUUGACCCUGCUCUAACAGCUGCAGUUCACUUCAAAAGUGUAUACCUCUGGGAAAAGUGUUCUGUGAAUUUGAGGGGCUUAAUCCUGGGGGUCAAGCAUAGGUUUUAGGGCAAUCAGCAAGUAUGGAGAACCGGGGUGUUGAGGGCAACCUUUUUUUUAGAGAAUGACGGUAACCCUCUGGGAUUUAGUCUUUCUGGGUAUCAAAAAACUGGGUUUGAUGGGAACCCCUUUUGGGAAGGGCUGUUAGGGAUUUAAAUGGGGUAUUUAGAAGGCUCCAUUGAAGUGGUAGGGGUGAACGUUGAGGCUGCAGUUCAUUCUGGGUGCACAGAAGUGAGGCGCUUUGGGGCUGCUAAUCCAUCAUGGCAGGACUAGAUGCUGCUGGUUAGUCCCUCGGGGAAUUUGGGGUUCCGUACCUUUUGGGUGGGGUGGGGGCUGCCUUCGGCGGAUGCAUCUUCCUCCUGGACGAGUGAGGCGGUCGUGUCGGUUGCUGGGGUGCUGCUGCGGUUGCUGUUCCCUCUGACGGGCGUAAGUAGGGGGGCUCUCCUGGGAACACGGGCGCUGACCAAGUCUCGCCACAGGCGCGGCUGGCUGCAGCUGGGGCCGGCCUGCAGUAAGCAGUGGCGUGCGGCGGGCUGUCCGGCUGUGCUGUGCAGAGAAUGCUGUUUGGUGAUUCUUCUUUUUUUUCCCUCUAGAUUUCUCCUUUUUUUUUUUUUUUUCAUCUCUGUGAUCUAGCGUAUUGUCCCGUGUGUUCAUCGAUGCAAAAAAUCAACUGGCAAAAGCUUUUUUUUUUUUUCUUCAUUUUGAAAUAAAUGUCAUUUAUUCGCCUCUUUC